AUGAUCGACCACAAAGUUUUGCCAUUAGUUUAUAUAUUGGCCCCAAAGAAGACCAAGAAGCUAUACGUCAAAAUCCUGCAGAAAUUGAAAGAGCAAGAGCCAGAACUAAAUCCGGAUGUAGUUGUCACUGAUUUUGAAUUGGGUUUUGUAAAUGCAGUUGAGGGCCAGUUUCCAGACAUAUCAGUGCAAGGUUGUUACUUUCAUUUUACUCAGUGUCUCAUAAGCUGCUUACAGACUUGUGGACUGAAGAAACGUUAUGGCGAAGAUGAAAAAUUUGCCUUACACAUCAAGAUGUUAAUGGCUCUGGCUUACGUAUAUCACGAGGAUGUAGUGAAGGUGUAUCAGGAGCUAGUUGCAAGUAGCUAUUAUCGUAAACAUUCAGCAGAUCUUUCUACAGUCCUUACUUAUAUGACAGAAAACUGGAUCGGUUAUGAACACCGGGGAACUUGGCGUCAACCUCGUUUCCCAAUUUAUCUUUGGAAUGUUUACUCAGCAGUACUGAAUCAAUUGGCACGAACCAAUAAUGCAGUAGAGGGCUGGCAUAAUGCUUUCAAUAGGCGUGUGUCAGCCGCUCAUGCCUCUAUUGGGAAAUUCAUUGUAGCACUACAGGCAGAACAACAACUGACCCAAGUAAUGUUGGAUCAGCAUAUGGCUGGAAGAUCGAUUGCAUCGAAGAAGCGUAAAACUUAUCGAGAUCUAGAUACUAGACUAGAAAAUGUAGUGGCAAGGUAUGAAUCUGAGGGUACCUAA